AUGCCCUCAUCAGAGCAGAUCGAGUUGCUCGCUACACCAUGGUACGAUAUCCCUACUCGUCUGUUUCGCGAUCGCUCGGUUCCAAGAUGUGGUCGCUGUGUCCGAGCAGGUCGCGAAUGCAAACUAGGCUUCAAAUUCAAACCUAGCAAAGACACAUUCAAAAGAAACCAAAAAUGGCUCAAGCCGCCGAAAAAGUUAAUUUACGUCGACGAGAGACAAGGUCUGACCAUAGGAAGCCCCUCAGAGGAUAUUUCUCCAUAUGAAUUUCAUACGGGUUCAAGUCAUAAUUGGCAGCAGGGAUCGACUGCCUCGAGCCUCACACCUCCAUCCAUUCCUAAUUCAACAGAGUACAACAGGGCAGACGGUCAGCCGGUAGGUGUUGUUCAAGCACAGAAUACGCCAAGAAACGAUGGAGGGUUUCCAGCUAACGAUGCAUCCAUCGCUGAGCUGAGCUCUCAUGGACAUAUUCCAGGGUCUAAAUCUGCUAGUUCCUAUGAUUUGUCGUCUUCGGAUAUAGAGAACACACGCGUGUCCCAUGAUGGGAGUAUUCUAAUGCCUAAUUUCCACAAUGCUUCUAGCCUGCCGCUUAAGGACCGGACGGAAGCACUAUUAUUUCGGCACUAUAUCCAGAAACUAGCAAUUUGUUUGGACUUGUGUGAUCCACAUCGGCAUUUCGAGCUGGUCGUCCCAGAGCGUGCUGCCGAAUGCUAUAUGCUCUUGAACGCUAUUUUUGCCAUAGCUGCGAGACAUCUCAGUCAUACGACAGGUUUUGACCCGUUGGCCUCGAACAGGUAUCAUGACGAGUGCCUAAGGUACCUGAUCCCAAUGUUAAAUCACGCUUCAACGGUGUCAGAUGAGAACUUAUUCGCGGCAACGAUUAUCUUGCGUAUGCUUGAGGAGAUGGAUGUUCCAACAACGGGCCAAGACACCUACAGUCAUCUACUAGGUAUCCAUGCUUUUGUUAAUGUCGGCGACCAAUACAUGGGUCCGGGAAGUCUUAGUGCAGCUUCGUUCUGGGUAGGACUCCGGCAGGAGAUCUAUAUCGCGGUCAUUACGCAACAACCUGUCAAGGUGUCUUUAGACCACUUCGUGGUGGACCGGUCAUUUGAGCCGGUCGACGAUUAUACUUGGUCAAAUCGGGCGGUUGUGCUACUUGCGGACGUCCUCAAUCUAUGCUUCGGGAAUAACUCGUUGGUAGCAGGUCAUUGGAGUGCACUAGAUGAGGCGUGCAGGAAGUGGUCUAGCACUCGACCCCCAUCCUUCAACCCCUUCUUUUACAGGGAACGUACGGCAACCUCGGCAUUCCCGGCAUUCCCAGAAAUUUGGCAUGGGUCAGGUUGUCAUGUUAUCGGGAUUCAACAUCAUAUUCUCGCACAGCUAUUCUUGACUCAGUUUGAUCCUUCGAUACCCAAAGUAGGCACAAAUCGCCGAGCAGCAGUGAAGCAAAUGACGCACCGGAUUGAGAACCUCGUGAGGGAGCUCUGUGGUAUCGGGGUAUGCAACCAGUGGACUCCGCCGGGCAUGUUUACUGCUUGCAUGGGCAUCGCUAUGUUUGGUGAUCAAUUUGGCGAAAGGCCCGACCAGGAAGCUCUAAUGGAUAUUCUAAGGAAGACGGAGGCAGAUCACGCUCGACCGACUGCGUCAAUACAGCAGCAACUGAUGAAAGCGUGGGGCUGGUUACCAGAAAACGACGAAUGA